AAAAUGAAUAGAUGUCUGUCAAAUGCGCACGCGCGUGCACGCCGCCCCGUGUCAAUUGCGAGGCUGAUCACGCGUGCUUGCGAGCAGGAAGAUGCAGCGAGAGGAGCUGUGCGCGCCCCAGUGAUGUAAGAAGCCCCCACUUACGCUCUCGGGGGCGCGCGCCGUUGAGAGAGCGCGGGAGAAGAGAAAGAAGGAGAAGAGGAGGCGGACGCGCAAAGUUCUCCCGAGCAGAACAGUGCAUCCUCGAGUGUGACGCCUCACUGCUCCGCUCGGUUUCUUUGCAAUUAGUUUCUUUGGGCAUUGGAGGAUUUGAAGCGGCCCAAGGCAACCUCCCUCCCUCCCUCCAUUCCUCCCUCCAUCCAUCCCGUGAGGGAGGCGUGCGAUGAGUGCACCCAUGGGUGCCUCCGUGGAGUUGGCGCUGUGCUGGUGAAAGGCGCUCGUCAUGAUCUGGGGAAGUCUUUUGCCGUUUUUGCUGUCGUGCGCGCUCGCCAACAGGACCGGGGAGCCUGCGCCGCUGCCGGAGCCCGCGCCGGUUCCGGUGCCCUUCUUCCACGGCCAUGUGUUUGAGAACGCGUCGCCGGGUUCUCGGGUCAACGGGCUGAGCGUGCCGCUGCGGAGGCUGAAUUCCCAGCGGCGGCAGUGCGGCGCCGGCGUCUCCGAGCCGCACUGGAGCCUCGUGGGCGACGGCGCCGACAAGUUUCGCGUCUUGGCGCACCACAACCGCGGUCACAUCCUGCUCAGGACGAGCGACGUUCUGGACCGGGAGGAGCGGGCUGAAUACGAGCUGGGGAUCGGCAUGUGCUGCGCCGGCUCGUGCGGGGAGGCGGCGGCCGUCAAAGUGGACGUGCUGGACAUCAACGACCACCGGCCAGCCUUCCAGGACAGCGACGUGAGGCUGAGCCUGGACGACGCCACGCCGCUGCGCACGGUGGUCUACACGGUGACGGCGCGGGACGAGGACAGCGGCAAGAACGCGGAGCUCUUCUACUUCGCCAUGCCCAAGAACGGCACGUUCUACGUGGUGCCCAAAAGCGGCGACAUCCUCCUGGUGGACUCCAUCCUGGGCCGGGACGGACCCAUCAAGUUCACCGUGUUCGCGCGGGACCGAGGCUGGCCGCCUCGCACCAGCGGAGGCGUCAACGUGGAAGUCAGCCCUCGCCAAUGGCCCCGUGCCACCCGGGACAAAGCGCCCCCCGCCCGGGCAUCCAGGUCCGUCCAGGACGCGGAGAGCAGCCCGCUUUUCAUCAACGUGUCGGAGGACGCGGGCAUCGGCUCGGUGGUGAUGAACCUGAACCCGGUGCGCUUCCAGGCGGCCGCCUUCGAGCUGAUGGACGCGGAGAGCUCGCCGGUCAGCGUGGGCAGGGACACCGGGGAUAUUGUCAUUGCACGCCGGCUGGACCGAGAGACCGAGCCGCUGGUGGAGAUCAUCGUCAGAGUGCACGACAAACGAGGCCCGGACUGGUACCCGGUGCGAGUGGAACUAACGGUGACGGACGUGAACGACAACGUUCCCGAGUGGCGCAUGGUCCCGGAGCCGUACCUGGCUGUGGUGUCGCCCGCCGCCGCCGCCGGCUCGUUGGUCUACCAGCUGCACGCGCAGGAUGGCGACGAGGGCCUCAACGGCGACGUGGAGUUCUUCCUGGCGGACGGUGGGGACGGGCGUUUGGAGGUGGAGCGCAAAAGCGGCCAGGUGCGCACCACGGGGUUGCCGCUGCAGCGCGACCGCGAGUACCUGCUGACGGUGGUGGCCGCCGACCGACUGGGCGCCCGCAGCGUCCCCGCCGUGCUGUCGGUGGUGGCGGGGCCCAGAGCGCCGCAGUUCACCAACGCCUCCUUCACCGUCACCGUUCCGGAGAACACGCCCGAGGGACAGCCGUUCCUGGCGGCGACGGCCGUCUCCUUCCAGAAGAAGCCCAUCAGCUACAGCCUGCUCAUCAACCCCAGCAGCCUUUUCUCCAUCUCGCCCGAGGACGGCCAAAUCAGCCUGACCCGGCCCAUCGACUACGAGAGCGACCAGCACCGCUACCUGCUGCUGGUGCGAGCCGGCGAGGGUCAGGACGGCAUGAGCAGCGCCGCUGAGGUGCGAGUCAUCAUCAUGGACGAGAACGACUGCGUUCCCGAAUUCCUGCAGUCCAUCUACAGCAAGGACGGCGUUCCCGAAACCGUCAUGACAGCCACGUCACUCCUUCAAGUUUCUGCCAGCGACUGCGAUUCAGAGAAGAAUGCGGAGCUGACGUACUACACGCUGAGCCCCGACUUCACCGUGUCGCCACACGGCACCAUCUUCCCGGCCGGGCCUUUGGACUACGAGAGGCCCAACCACCUGUACGAGUUUGUGGUGAUGGCGGUGGACAAGGGCGAGGUGGCUCGCACCGGCACGGCCACCGUGAGGGUGCGCAUGGCCAACGUCAACGACGAGCCGCCUGACUUCUCGCAGCACGUCUACCGGACGUUCGUGUCGGAGGACGCCGGGCCCAACACGUUGGUGGCGACCGUGCUGGCCAAGGAUCCCGACGGAGACGGCAUCACCUACCGCAUCGCCUCGGGAAACGAGGAGGGCAACUUUGUUAUCGACAGCCAAAAAGGUUUGAUCCGUCUGCGCUCCAGCCCUCCGCCUCAGCUCCAGGGCGUGGAGUACGUCCUCAACGUGACGGCCACGGACGACAACGCCUCGGGCGGCCCUCGCGCCCUGUCGUCCACCGCCCAGGUGGUGGUCGGCGUGGACGACGUCAACAACAACAAGCCCGUCUUCGAGAAGUGCCAGCAGUACCGCGAGAAGACGAGGGUUCUGGAGAACCAGCCGGCCGGGACCUUUGUGCUGCAGGUUGAGGCGGCGGACGCCGACGAGGGUUCCAACGGCAAGGUCACGUACGGCUUCAUGCACAAAGACUCCACCGUGCCCGCCUUCAGCAUCCACCCCGACACAGGGACGAUUGUCACGGCCCGCAAAUUUGAUCGCGAACGCCAGCGGGAGUACGCGGUGACGGUGACGGCCACCGACCGGGCCAACGACCCGCUGAUUGGCAUCUGCCAGCUCAAUAUUCUCAUCGUGGACCAGAACGACAACAGCCCCAAGUUUGAGAACAUUCGCUACGAGUACUUCCUUCGAGAAGACACCAUGAUCGGGACCAGUUUUUUGAGAGUGGCGGCCCACGACGACGACUUUGGAACCAACGCCGCCGUCACCUACUCCAUGUCCGGCGAACAACCGGAGUACCUCAGGGUAAACCCGUUGACCGGCUGGGUGUACGUCAACCAGCCCAUCUCGCAGAGGACCUACAUCACCCGUGAGAUCGUGGCCACCGACGGCGGGAACCGAAGCAGCUCCGUGGAACUGGCCGUGACCAUCACCAACGUGAAGAACCAGCCGCCGCAGUGGGAGAAGGAAAGCUACGCCGUGGUCAUACCCGAAAACACCGUGCGCGACACGCCUGUCGUGACCAUCAAGGCCACCUCCCCACUGGGGGACCCCAGGGUGACGUAUAAUCUGGAGGACGGCAUGGUCCCGGAGACCAACAUGCCCGUCCGCUUCUACUUGACGCCUAACCGUGAAGACGGCUCGGCCUCCAUCCUGGUGGCGGAGCCUCUGGACUACGAGACCACCCGAAACUUCAUGCUGAGGGUUCGAGCCCAGAACGUGGCCGCCGUCCCGUUGGCUGCCUUCACCACCGUCUUCGUCAACGUCACAGAUGUGAACGACAACGUCCCAUUUUUCACAUCCUCCAUCUACGAGGCCUCGGUGACCGAGGGCGCCCAAUCGGGAACUUUGGUGUUUCAGGUGUCCGCCAACGACUUGGACUUGGGCCUCAACGGGAAGAUCGCCUACUCGCUGCUUGAGGAUCGGAGCGGCGAUCACCAGUAUUUCCGCAUCGACCCCGAGUUGGGUUUCAUCUACACGCAGACCGUUUUUGACCGGGAAACCAAAAGCUCCUACCUGUUGGAGGUCCAAUCGGUGGACGGUUGGGAGUCGGCCAGACCCGGCAAACACGGGCAGCCCAAUUCCGACACGGCGUACGUGCGCGUCUUCAUCAGCGACGUCAACGACAACAAGCCGGCCUUCGCCCAGACCGCGUACGAGGUGGACGCAGACGAGGACGCCGACGUGGGAUUCGCCGUCCUCACCGUCAGCGCCAACGACGGAGACGAAGGCGGGAACGCUAAGCUGCGCUACCAGAUCACGUCCGGAAACACGGGAGGCGUGUUUGACGUGGAACCGGAGGUGGGGACCAUCUUCAUCGCUCAGCCUCUGGACUACGAGCAGAAUAAAAGGUACAAGCUGCGUGUUCUGGCUUCGGACGGCAAGUGGGAGGACUACACCACCGUGGCGGUCAACGUGGUCAACAAGAAUGACGAAGCGCCCGUGUUCACCGUCAACGAAUACUAUGGCAGCGUGACGGAAGAACUGGAUGGCUCGCCCGUGUUCGUCUUGCAGGUGACAGCGUCCGACCCGGACAAGGACGCCGACCAGGAGGCCCUCCGCUACUCCCUCCACGGCCAGGGCGCCGAGAGCGAGUUUGUCAUCGACGAGGCGACGGGCAAGAUCUACGCUCAGCGGACGCUGAACCGCGAGGAGCGCGCCGCCUGGCGUUUUGUGGUGUUGGCCACGGACGAAGGCGGCGAGGGCCUGACGGGCUUCACCGACGUCAUCAUCAACGUGUGGGACAUCAACGACAACGCUCCCGUCUUCACCUGCGCGUCCAGUUGCCGCGGCGACGUGGCCGAGAACUCGCCGGCCGGCACGUCGGUGAUGGAGAUGACGGCCACCGACCUGGACGACGCGGCCGUGGGCCAGAACGCCGUCCUGUCCUACAGGAUUCUGGGCAGCUUGGACGGGACGGGGGGCGUUGCCGCCUUCUCCGAGAUGUUUGCCAUCAACCCCGCCACUGGCACCGUCACGGUGGCCUUGGGCGGCCUGGAUCGGGAGCAGGUGGAGGCCUACAUGCUGGUGGUGGAAGCCCGGGACGGCGGAGGCAUGGCGGGAACGGCCACGGCGACCAUCCAGGUCACGGACGUCAACGACCACGCGCCCAGAUUCCUCCAACACGUCUGCCUGGCCAGGAUCUCGGAAAACGCCGAGCCCAACGCCGAGGUUCUGGAGUUGAAGGCCGAGGACCGAGACACGGGAGAAAACGGCCAGCUGACGUUCAGCGUGGUGGCCGGAGACCAGGAGCAAAAGUUCUACGUGGUCAGCAACAAAGCGGAGCAGCGGGGAAGCCUCAGACUCAAGAAGCGACUCGACUACGAGAGACACGGCGAGCAGAGCUUCAACCUCACCAUCAAGGUUGAAGACUUGGAUUUUUCCAGCCUGCUUCACUGCGCGGUUGAGGUGGACGACUACAAUGACCACGCCCCGGUCUUCAUCCCGCACUUUUUGUCUCUGGGCCCCCUGUCAGAGGACGUCCCCGUGGGGACCAGCGUGGCCCGCUUGGUGGCCAGCGACUUGGACUCGGGUCAGAACCGCCAGCUGCUCUACAGUCUGUCCCGAGACUCGGACCCGGACGGGCUCUUCGCUGUGGACCAAUCGGGCGUCCUGACGGUGGCCCGGCCGCUGGAUCGCGAGAGGGUGGCCCAGCACCACCUGGUGGUCAUCGCCACGGACCGCGGGGUGCCCGCUUUGUCGGGUAGCGCCACGGUGGAGCUCCCCCUGCUGGACGUCAACGAUAACGGGCCGCAGUUUGAAGCCGAGUACGCGCCGGUGGUCUUUGAGAACCUUCCUGGACCUCAGGUUGUAGCCAUGAACGAGACGUCCACGCUGCUGCGGGCGGUGGACCGCGACUCCCCGGAGAACGGCGCGCCUUUCCGUUUCGCUGUCCCGGAGGACUAUCGCCACGACAACGACUUCUACCUGAAGGACAACCUGAACGGGACGGCCACGCUGACGGCGCUGCGGACGUUCGACCGCGAGCGUCAGAAGGAGUUCCUCAUCCCCGUGGUCAUGAGCGACAGCGGGCAUCCCGCCAAAACGGUCACCUCAACGCUGACCGUCACCAUCGGCGACCACAACGACCACCCGCACGUCGCCGGCGAAAAGACCGUCUUCAUCAACACGCACAAAGGCCGCAUGCCCACCACCGUUCUGGGAAAAGUGUACGCGCCCGACCCGGACGACUGGGACAACAAGACGUACGUCUUCGAGGGACACGUACCCACCUACUUCAUCUUGAACAAGCGCACGGGCUUUGUGAUCAUCAAGGAGAACACCCCGUCCGGCGACUAUCAGUUCCUGGUGCGUGUUUCGGACGGCGUGUGGCCCGACGCCGUCUCCGCGGUAACGGUGCACGUACGAGAGCUGCCCGACGCCGCCGUGCACAACUCGGCGUCGCUCCGCCUCGCAGACAUGACGGCCACGGAGUUCCUGGAGCCCAGGGGCAAGCAGCGCAGCCGCUACGAGCUGCUGUCCGACUUCCUGUCGGAGAUGCUGUCGGCCACGGCGUCCGACGUCAACGUCUUCGGCCUGAGCGAGGUCCCCGGACGCAUGCUGGACGUGCGCUUCGCCGUGCGCGCCGGCGCCGCCUUCCUGCCCCCUGAGAAGCUGCACGGAUAUCUGGCGGCUCACAAGCAAAAGCUUCAGUCCUUCCUGCAGGUGCGGGUCUACCAGGUGCGCGUAGACGAGUGCCCGCGGUCAGAGUGCGGCGGGGCGGGCGGCUGCGCCAGCGCGGUGGGCGUCCAGGACACGCCGGCCGUGGUGGACUGCGGCCCCGUGGCUUUGGUGUCCGUCACGGUGGAGGCGGCCGCCGUCUGCGCCUGUCCGGGCCGCCAGCAGGCGCAUCGGCCUUGCGACGCCUACCCCAGGAACCCGUGCUUCAACGGGGGCGUGUGCGUGGACACCCAACACGGCUACAGGUGCCAAUGCCCGGCCCAGUUGGAGGGUCCCGAGUGCCAGCAGAACAAGCGCAGUUUCCACGGCAACGGCUACGCCUGGUUGCCUCCCAUGACGCCGUGCUUCGAGAGCCACAUCUCGCUGGAGUUCAUCACCGAGGUGCCCGACGGCCUGCUGCUCUACAGCGGGCCCCUGGCGCAGCUGCAGGCCUGGGACUACGAGGACUUCAUGGCUCUCGAACUAAUCGACGGGACGCCCUCGCUGAAAAUCAACCACGGCUCCGGCACGGUGGUGUUACAGUUGCCUGGCAACAUCAACGUGGCCGACAGGCGCUGGCAUCGGCUGGACGUCCGCAGCAACAGCAAGGAAGUUCGCUUCACCUUGGAUCGCUGCUCAGGGGCGGCCGUCAAGGAAAUGGAAGGUCUGGGAAGUUGGCUGACCACUGAGGAUCACUCGUCCUGCGAAGUCACCGCCACCACGCCCAACACCGACCGAUACCUGAACACGAGUCAAGUGUUACAAGUGGGCGGAGUCAACGAGGAUAUUCCCUACAUUUACCCUCAGCUUCAACACAAGCACUUCACAGGAUGUAUACGCAACCUCGUCGUGGAUAGCAAGCUGUACGAUCUGAGCUCCCCGGCCGACUCGCAGUCCAGCUCGCCGGGCUGCCAGGCCACCGACGGCAGCUGUGUCAACAUGGGCUACCCGUCGUGCGGCCGCCGCGGACACUGCCAUGGAGAGUGGGGCUCCUUCAGUUGCCAGUGUCUGCCCGGAUACAGCGGGCAGCAGUGUGAAGAGGAGGUUCCCGAGUACUCCUUCGACGGGCACAGCCACGUGCGCUACCAGCUGGCCUCGCCCUUGCCGGCCCGCAGGACGGCGGUGCAGAUCCUGGUUCGAACCCGCAAGCACAGCAGCACCCUGCUCAGUCUGAGCUCCAGAGAGCAGAGCGAGUACCUGAGACUGGAGAUUUAUCAGGGCCUGCUGGGUGUCUUCUACAACUUGGGCGACGGCGACCACAACCUGAGCGUUCCCACGUACCGGCUGGACAACGGGGAAUGGCACCAGGUGGCGCUGGAACGCCACGACAACGAGAUGACGCUGCGGCUGGACGGCGGCGGCGGCCGACGGGAGGUGACGGGGGCGCCGGGACGCAGCCGGGAGAUCGUCAUCGACCCCACGCUGGUGGUGCUGGGCAACGCUUUCCCCUCCGCCCUCAAUAAGAGCUUCCAGGGCUGCAUGAGGGAUCUGCGGCUGAACGGUCGGCACCUGCCGAUGGACGGCCAGAGCUGGCGGGAAGGCGUGUCGCAGAUCAGCGCGCAAGGCCUCUCCUUGGGGUGCCCCUCUGACUCGUGCAGAAGGAACCAGUGCAGCCCGCCCUUCACCUGCGUGGACCUGUGGCGAGUCCACGAAUGCAGAUGCCCUCCGGGCCACAUGAUCCGCGUGAACGGCAGCCGGAAAUCCUGCGUGUACACGAUGUGCGCCACGCGCCCGUGCCACCGCGGAACCUGCGUGGCGCAGUCGCCGACCAAGUUCACCUGCCAUUGCCCCGACGGCCACCGGGGGCGCCUGUGCGAGACCGCACUGGCCGUCUACAGCGACGACGUCGGCCUCAGCUUCGGCUCGCUCUUCGCCAUCUGCAUCUGCUUCAUGGCCCUUCUCGUGCUGCUGCUGGGCAUUUUCCUGUACACACGCUGGAGGAGCUACAAGGGCCUGAAAGAGGGCGUGUACCACGUGUCGGCGCACCACGACGGCUGGGAGGACGUGCGAGAGAACGUCCUCAAUUACGACGAGGAGGGUGGCGGCGAGGAGGACCAGAACGCGUACGACAUGGCCGAGCUCCAGAAGUCUCUGCAGCCCAGCCCGGCCCAGUCGGUGCAAUACUGUCGAUCCCGGGCGCUGCACCACCCGCCGCCGGCGCAUCACCAGCACCACCUCCACCUCCUCCACCAGGCCUCGACGCCCCCGGCCUGCGUCCAGCCGCCGGACCCCCUCAGCAGGACGGCCAGCUCCGGCACGCCGCCCCCGUCGGCGUCCUCGUCCGCCUCGGGCACGGCCUGCGGGUCGCGGCGGGACGUGCCGCCCGCGCGCUUGCCGGCCCAGGGGCAGCCCCCCCGGCUGGGCCGGCGCUCGCUCUCCUUCUCCAGCCAGGAUCUGGCCCGCUACCUGUGCGAGAUCAUCCGCGACGCCGACCAGCACCCGGACACGGGGCCCUUCGACUCCCUGCAGGUCUUCUCCACCGAGGGUGGCGGCUCCCCGGCGGGCUCGCUCAGCUCCUUCAGCUCGGGGGGCUUGGACGCCGGCGACGGGGCGGCCGACGCCCGGCGCGAGGAGACGCUCGGGGAGUGGGGGCCGCGUUUCGAGAAGCUGAGGGCGCUGUACGAGCGGGCCGAGGCCAGUGACCUCUAAGCGCAGGGGACCCUCUCGAGGGGGAAAGGUGACCCUCACGCAAACACACGCAAACACACACAUACAGACUCUCCAUGUUAUUUGCUGUCAAUCGAUCGCCUGGAUAAUGGAACGUGCCAUUUGAGCACUGACUUGGGAUGGGCCGGCGGACCCACGCCGUCGCCGUCAUGGACGUCAACCGAGGGUCCUUAAAUGUGAAAACAUGUUUUUUAUAUAUUUAUAUAUAUAUAUAUAUAUAUAUAUAUAUAUAUAUAUAUAUAUAUAUAUAUAUAUAUAUGCAGGCACAGCAGAGACACCUAAAAAUGUAUUUUUGGCCUCUUUGCCUGUUUCUUGUUGUGUAAAUAAUCACCAAAUGGCCACUUUAUUAGGUACACAGACAAGCACGCAUAUGUAAUGGAAUGGGGGUGGAUUUGAACUGUUCCUGGGUCAAAACCACCAGCACACAAACUAUGAAUUGUACAAUAAAAUUGCACAAUCCAAAUAAAACAAAACUACUCAUCACACUGGUCAGAAAUGUGAGUGAAAGAUUUUUAAAAAAUGAAAAGAAUAUUCAUUGUUAAAAGAAAGA